GGGAGUAAGUGGCAACCGCGCGGACCAGGGAUGUUGUUGUUGUUGUCAGAGUCUCUCUCCUGCCGACGUCAUGGACCCGCUCGACUUGGGACCUGAAUUUAUAAGAACUGAUCAAGUAACCGAUCUCUGGUCAUUCUUACAGACGAUUGACUGGAGUGAAGGAUGGCUAAUGGGUCUAGUAGUAUUCCACAUCUUCCUCACAACAUUUACAGUUAUGACUCGAAAUCACCACACAACCCAAGCUGUUCUCUUUUUCCUUUUGCUUCUCACUGUACGUUCCUCAGAGACCAUUAACCAAUAUGCGGCGAAAAAUUGGCAGUCUUUCAGCCGUCAGCAGUACUUUGACUCUCAAGGCCUAUUCAUCAGUGUUGUCUUCUCCAUGCCUGUUCUCUUUAAUUGCAUGAUGAUGGUGAUAAACUGGUUAUGGUUAAGCAGCAACAUGAUGGUUACCUAUAAGAGAGUGGAACUAGAGGCAAAACUUCGCAAUGACUCGCGAAGGCGAAGUGAAUCACAGAGAAAUGAAUCAAAUAGAGGUGAGGUGGCUUCCGAACAAGCAGACGAAAGCAAGAAGAGCAAAUGAGGAAUAGUAUAUGGAUUAUUAUGAGGAAAUGGUUAGUUUUGAGAGUGAUUGGAUAUAUAGCCACAAGUGUGCAGGGCAGCAGUCACAAUUUAUUUCCAUGGAUCUUAAGGUUUGGCUUAAAUUACAUAGAAACAAAACUUCUGUGAAAUAUAUUCUGCAUAAUAUUUAGAUUGUUAGCUUAAAUCAUAUAUAAACAUUAUUAUGCAUAUGAUAGAGGGUGUAAUACUUACAAUUGCUAUGCAUAUUUCAUUUUGAUUUCAAAGUGUUUAUAUUAUGGAAAUAUAGGAUGUGCAGUGAUUCAUAGUAAAAGAGUUGGUCUAAGAGAGAUUAUUCUGAAAGGAAUACUUUGUGCACCUUGUGAUUUGUGGUACACUAGUAGAGAAAUAAUAAUAAUAAUAUGAUGUAUUACCUAUAUUUAAGCUCUCUCUUUCUGUUUUUUUUUAAAGAAAUAUGAAGGGAAAGAUAAAGUACCCAGCUGCUAUAUGCUACUGAGGAGUGAUUUAUUGAUAAGUAGUUUAUUACGACAGUUUUCUUUCACAUGUUGUGUGGCACGUUUGAUUUACACUGUUUUUUUUGGGGCUUCAACUUUCUAUUCUGUACUUAAUUAUACAUUUGUGUAAAUUGUAGGAUCCACACCUCUCUUCAUGAAGAGUGUUUUGAGUUUUGAUCAUUUUGAUGUAUACUUUUUAAUGUUUUGUUAUUUACUAAUGAGGCUGCUUAAACUUGUAAGGAAUAUCUAUAUGUAAUAAGCAAGUAAUCAGAGGACCCUAAGGUUACCAGAGUUCAUAUUUCAAGGGACAGUAGAUCUAGUCAUUGUUAACUUUUGGAAGUAUUUUGAUUUUGUACAUAAACUGUGAGGAGAAAAGGAGGCAAUCACAUUUCUUUACAUUGAUCAUUUGUAUUGCCAUGCACAUAUUCUUAAAGAUAAUGAAAUGCAAAAUUACUUGUGCCAUAGAUCAAUUUGGGAAUAGGAGGAUUUUCUUAUUGCCAAUUUGGAAAAUGUGUGGGUUCUGUUCAUUUUGUCCUAUUCAGUGUGAUGUAAAGAAAACUAGUGUGAUACAUUUUCAUUGUCUUAAAGUGUUAGUCUUUUCCACAAAACAAGCUUCCAUUUUAUCUCCCUUUCCAUCACUUUCCAUGUCUUAAGUGAUGGCAUGGCCUGCACUAGGCACAUCCUGAUAUAUGUUUCUCUUGGCUUUAUUACCCAUUAUUUCAUUACAUAUGUAUGUGCAAGUGUUUAGGUAUUCUGUAUAGUAAUUUUCAUGCUGUAUUAGUAAUCAUAUUUUGGUUGGGUGUGCUUUUGUCAUCCUCAUCUAAAAGAGAAUAUAUGAUACAACUGUGAUAUCAAUAAAUGUAUGUUUCAUAAGCAUUCCUUUCCAUUCAGGAUUGAGCUUGGUAUAUAAAUCAGCCCAUUUUCAAUUACUAAAUCUUCUGAAGAAAUUUGAUUGCUUUUCUGUAUUUGUGUGUUAACAAAAACACAAAAUCAGAAAUGGAAUUUAUUGUUUUUAAUAGUGGGUUCAAAGUAUUUGGUUUAAAACAAAUAAAAAAAACUGUGUUUAAUGGUGUUUAGAUUACUUGGUGGUUGUUUUUGGAUUUUGAGUAUAUAUCAUUUAAUCACUUGUUUUUAUAUAUAUUCUUAUUGUUCUGGAUUUUUGCAUUAAAAAUGAUAGAUCAUUAAUUAAGUUCUUAUUGAUAUGGUGUGUAUGAAUUUUUUUACUUCAUAUAUUUGUAAGGAAGCAGCAGUGUAUGUUCUAUCUUAAUUUCUGUUUUUAAAUAGUUUAAAUGUGUUGCUUUUUUCUGGCCGAGUAAACAUAUUUUACCAACUCUGUGACUAAAUCACAGAUAAGUAAUCAUCUGCAGUUAUCCUGUGUU